GCGGCGGAGCGGGACGGGCACAAACAAGGAGCGGCGGCGCGCGGGGAGCGGCGGGUCUGCGGGCCCGGUUUUACCUCUCUCCGCCCCGCAGCUGCCCUGCACACGGGCUCCACGGCUUUGGAAGUUCUUUCCGGGCACUGAGUAAACCGAAAGGGGGUUUUUGUUGGUUGGUAAUACGCCUGUGUUGACGGUCUUGGUUUUAAGGGUCUCGGUUUCUUGUAACUGGUGGAUUCACUUUCUGAAGCGAUUAAUUAAUACCGUGUGACGUGUGGGAUCUGCAGAGUAGCCCUGACCUCCUGAGGCCGCUGCUUUUCAGUGGGUUGCUGCUUUCUACAGCUGAAGUACUAGAGUUGAGAUAUUAAUGACUGUGUGAGAAUCCCUUUUCCUCAGGGACUUCAAGUACCUACCACUGACUGACCACAUUAAUAAGAUGCUGAUGCUCUUGGCUAUUCCUUUGUUCUUCAUGAGACUUCGAUAAAGCAGCUAUGCCUGUUCAGUUGCUGAAAAUCAUUAAAGGACAAUCUGAGAUUCCAGUACCAAGCUAUUUGCAGAAGGAGAAUUUGCAACAUUUGCAAGAAGGCUGUGAUCAUGCUAACAAAUACAUUCAGGGAAUAGUUACUCUUUCCUAUCCAUUAACAAAACUCAGAGAUGGAACAGACUUUUUCAAGAUUGUUCUUCAAGAUUCGGAUGACUUGUGUUCCCAGAUCAACAGCAUCAGUGUUUUAAUAUAUGGAAAAAUGGCAGAGGAUUGUGCAAAAAUUAUACACCACGGGGAAACCAUGAUAGUUGCAGGAUUUAAGGUGAUAAAAUUGCCUACAGCGAGAGAGGAUGGUAGACAUGAGUGUCAUCUGGAAGUUUCUGAAGAAGCUGGAUCAGCCAUUUAUAUUUGCACUAAACCAGGAACAACUGCUGCUUCAGAAACUGCAUCUGUGUCUGUUGCUCCAAAAUAUGUUUAUACUCCCCUGAAUCAUCUAAAAGAUGGAACUAUAGUGAACUUGUAUGGCAUUGUGAAAUUCUUCAAGCCUCCAUAUAUUAGCAAAGGAACUGAUUAUUGCUCAGUUGUAACGCUGGUGGACCCAUCAAAUGUGAAGUUAACAUGCAAUCUUUUUAAUGGAAACGUAGAUUUUCUACCAAAAAUUUACAAAGUUGGAGAUAUUGUUCGAUUUCAUAGAAUAAAGAUCAGGGAAUACAAUGGACAGAUGCAGGGAAUUAACAGUGGGGGAUUUGCAUCCUUAACAUUUGAUGGAACUGUAGGAGCUCCAGUAGUUCCUCGAGCUUCUAGCAGAGACUACACUUUUUUGGAUGAAGAACGGAAAACAAUAGAAGAAUUACGUAUUUGGGCAGCCAGUAAUAUUUCCAUCUCUGGAUCAGCAACAAAAUUGUCUGGUGUUGAGCCAAUGCUGUUCUUUGAUCUCACGUGCCAGCUGGUAGGAAAAGCAAAAGUGGAUGGAUCUUCUUUUCUUCUAAAGGUUUGGGAUGGCACUAAAUGUCCCUACCCCACAUGGAAGGUGCCUGUGGAAGCAAAAGAUCUGGAAGGGGAAAAAGUUCUUCUUCAUCAGCUGAGAAAUCUAGCAGUGGACAUUCUAGUCUAUGAUAAUCAUGUACACCUGGCAGAAUCACUUAAGAUUGGAAGUUUUCUGAGAAUUUACAGUAUUCAUACUAAACAAGCAAGUGCUGACAAUGAAGAUGUCUCACAUAUAGAAUUUCAUCUUCAUGGUGGCACUUGUUAUGGUCGAGGAAUAGGAGUCUUGCCAGAAAGUAACCCAGAUGUUAAGGAACUAAAAGCAUUUUUAGAAUCUGUGGAUCUGACAGACAGUCAGGAUAUGGAAAGCACGUGUUCAAUGGAUGUGGACAGCACUUUUGGCAAUAUUACAGAUCUUGAAUUGCACUUACAGAGAUGUCAGCAGCUAUCUGUUACAGUAUUAACAGAUCAUCAGGAUUUGAGUAACACAGAACUGAAAACCAUAACAAGCAGCACAGCGCCUCAACAGUAUCGCAUUAGAGCAAAGCUGAGAACUUAUAAACCCCAAAAGCUCCAUCAGUCUGUUAAACUUCAUUGUUCCAAAUGCAACUCUUUGCAAGAAGUUCCAGAUAAAGAUGACUUUGACUCCAUUUUACGCGGCUCUGCCAGUACUGCCCCAAACCGAGAAUUACACAAUACAUCCUGGUAUGAAUCUGUAACAUGGACUACACAAGACCGGAAGCAGAGGGAAAUAGCCAUCCAUUUUGUGAAGCAUGAUGAAAUGCUUCAACAUCCUGAAAACACCUUGCUUAUGAUAGAAGGUGGAACUCUGAAAGAAAUCUGGAAGCUUUCAAAACGAUUUAAGUGUGUUAUCCCUGUGAGAUCCACAGAAGAUGAUCUUGAAUUAUUAGAUCUUUCAGCUCCUUUUCUUAUACAAGGGAAUGUCAAAUAUUAUGGGUGCAAGCAGUGUUCAACUCCAAAGCCUAUGAAGAAUCUAAGUUCCAUUGCAGCAGAGCAGCAACCAUCAUGGGAACCAACUGAAAUUGCACAAGUUUUAGGUAUUGAACUGCUCCAGUAUGUUUUUAUUAUGAAGUUUACACUGGUUGAUGAAACAGGAGCACUAAAUGCAUACCUUUUUGAUUAUGAGAAGUUUUUCCAAAUUCCUGCCUCUGAAAUCUUAACUAGUAAUUUUCUUCAGCAAAAGAUGCAAAUGACCAUGAAUACACUCUGCCCUCCAGGAAGAAAACUAGGUGACUUGCCGUGGCUGGAGUGCUUCAUCAGAUCUUAUAAUGUCAGAGAUGCAAUGAAAAAUCAAGUUUAUUACCAAAUUUUUGACACUACAGUUGCUGAAGAUGUUGUAUAGUCAUGUGUUGCUAGUUGGAAGUAAUCCAGUAAGAAUCAGUUUCUGGGAGGGUUAUGGGAUCAGAUAUUGUAUUAAAAAAAAAAAAAAGGUUGUUCCUUUCUUAGGAAUUUAACCUGGUUUUAUGAACUUUUAGUUUAUGUAUGAAUAGAAAUGGGAAUUAUACUCUGAUAUGUUUGCUUUUUUCCUGGCACACGACUUUGUGAUUUAAGGCCAAGUGGAGGUUCUAAGUUUCUCUCACUGGAAGCUGCUUGGCUUAGGCUGAUGGAAGCAAUCUACUUUCCAUCUAUCCUUCAUAAAGGCAGUGAUGAGGUUACUCUAAAAUUGUGAAUUUUACUCAGAAAAAUGUAGUCAUUGUGUGUUCAUUUUUGUAUUAAAUUGUUAUAUUUUUGUAUUAAAUUAUGUCAACAGAGGCAGACAGAAAGAGAUCUUCGGUAAACUCAGACUACUUUGUACAAGCCAAUAUUACUGUUCUCAAUUUGACAGGGAGGUUGGUUUUUAGAGACUUCUUUCAUUUUGUACUGAUAUGUACAUUUAGACAAACUCCUCCCAUUACUCAAACUACUCCCAGUUACUCAGGUAACUGCUACAUGUACCAGUUACUGCAAAUAAUGAUGGGGUCAUGAACAUGGCCAUGUAGUGAUUACCACUAAAAUUAAAGUCAAGCCAUGAAAGUAAACUAGUGUAGAAUUGUAAAAUGAAUAUUGACAUUUAGUAAUGAUUCUGAGGUGGCCUGGUUGGGUACCAAAGUUGUUUGCAUGUUUAUUAGCUGGGUCUGUGUUUUCAAAGGCUCGAUCUGCCUUUUCCAUCUUACAUAAUCAGAUUGUGUGCCUAAAUUAGAGAUACAAAACAGAUCUGGUGCUAUCAUGGAUUGAAAAUUCUGCUGACUAGAAAACUAUAUGGUGGUUUUACUUUGCAUUCAGAAGUCUCUAGGACAAGUUCAGAACAUGUUUCUGUAAGGGUAAUUAAUGUAGAAAUCCCUGUCAAAUCGAAUGCUUUCCAUCAGAACAAAAUUACUCCAGUAUUUAGAACAGAUGUUUUUAAAGAACUUCAGAAGCAAGAUGGGAUAUUUGUAAGUAAAUUAUUGUUUUGAUAGUAGAUGACUUUUUUUUUUUCUAUUUUUGAGGGCCAUUUAAUAGAUUAUGCCAUUUGUCUUAAAAUUUCAUCAAAUAUCCUCCAGUAAUUUUCUUGUACUGUAAAUUAUACUGUGUUUAAAUGUCAUAAGCCAGGAUAUUGUUCUUUGUUGAUUGGUGUAUAGGGGCAAGCAGUAUUAAAAGUAGUGAGUGCAUAUUUCCUUUAAAAAUUUCUAAAAAAUAAAAAUAUUUUGGAAUUGAACCAGCAGUUUAUCAAAGAGUCUACUGACUCAAGAAAGUUUUCUUGAAUUUUUGCAUAAAUGCACCAACAAAAAAUAGUUAGAACAAAUGAAUAUUAUGAAACUUAAGACACUGGCCAUACCCAAAUGUUUUCACAAGUUAGAAGUUAAAUUGAAGGCAAUCUUCUUUGCUUUUAUUUUAUAUAGGGUAUAAAAACAUGAAUUUCUAUUUUUAGAUUUUUGUUAACAGCUCUGAAAGAUUCUGAUAUUGUACAGUUUUUCUAAUUUGUCUUUGUAAAGUAAUAAAUAAAAAUAUGUUUUGAACUUCAGUGUAAAAUAAGUCAAUUUCACCACGUCUUUCCUGAGAUCCCUGCCUAAAAACCCUACAUGUGCAUCACAUAAUUUUUUGACUACUGAAUAUUUUAUUAAAAUUUUUAAUAAAGAUU